CUCACCAUCACACUCACCAUCACACUCACCAUCACACUCACCAUCACACUCACCAUCACACUCACACUCACGCCCUGCUACAGCGUAGCUCGCUCAGCCCCGACUACACACGCCCACUCUUCCUUCACCCGCUGGGGCACUGCGUGUUCACGGACUACACCAUCGACUCCAGCUGGAAGCGGAGCCACUCCAUGCAGACGCCACUCUUUGUCGAGACUCAGGGCAGCGCCACCACCGCCUCCGCCGCCACCACCGCCUCCACCGCCUCCGCCGCCACCGCCGCCUCCACCGCCUCCGCCGCCACCGCCGCCUCCACCGCCUCCGCCGCCACCGCCCAGGGACAGCAGCGUCCGUCCGCCGCCGCCGCUGGUGGCAGAGUGAGGGCCACGCCAAUCCAGGCGGAGUUCAGUCUCACCCAGGAAGCAGGCGGGACGGUCGACUGGCUGACGGGAGGCUCUCUGCCGGCUGACUUUGGGCCCAACUCUCUGCCCUCGUCGUCCGCGUCGCCGGCGUCCACCUCGUCGUCCACCUCGUCGCUCCUCCUCCCCCCCCGAGUCUCCCGGCGCCCGCCACCGAGAUCUCUCUUGGCCGCCGGAUUCGGAAGCCCGAGGCCGGGGACUUCCGGCGGCGGCGGCGGCGGCGGCGGCACCGGCGGCGUGCCGGGGAGUUUGGCCGUGGACCCUGGCUGUGAUCUGCGUGCUCUCAAGCGCCGAGUCUUCGCCUCCUCCUCCUCCUCGUCCAGCCGCCUCCGCAACUUCCACGCCCGCCGCGUCGUCCGCUCCCAGAAGAUGGAGCAGGAGAGGCAGCGUGAGCUGCGCAUGGGGUCUGACUCCCACGUGCGUCUCUACCGCAGCUACCGCCUGGGGGAGCUCCCAGACAUCCAAAUCCCUCACUCGGCCAUCAUCGCUCCCCUACAGGCACUGGCACAGUGCGACGCUCCGGUGGCACGCAUGUUGCUCGGCUCGCUGCUCGGAGGCCUGCUGCCCCGGCGGGUUGAAGAGGCCGGCCGUGCCGACGCCGAAGAGGAAGAGGAAGAGGAGCGAAGGGUGCAGCUGUACGUGGGGCUGAACUCUGACCUGCAGCGGCUGCUACGCGACAGCGAGCUCCACUACGCCCCCGUGUUCGUCUUUGUGCAGGACCUCUGCUGCCGGAACCCGGACCUCCCGCCGCUGCCCGCCGACCUCGUCGCCUCGUCGGCGCUGGCGAGCCUGCAGCAGGCCUCGGGCAUCCUCCUCCUGGAGGAGGCCCUCCUCCGGGACGAGGCCCAGGGCCUCCUCCGGCGGCCGCGGCAACCGCACGGUGGCGCCGAGGAGCCGGAGGCCUCGGCGGCGGUGGGGAACGCGCCGGCGGCCAAGAGGGCCCGGCUGGACGCGGCGCAGCACCGCCGGUGGCGGCGGCGGCAGUGGUCGGAGGUGGCGCCUGACACGGCCACCUGGAUCCAGCUGGCCAGGCUGUACCGCUCCGUGAGUGACUACGACUCCGUGCGAGGGAUCUUCUCGGGCACCAUUGGCACAAAGGAGGUCACCAGGGCCGCCCUUGGUGCUGAGGCUCGCGGAGACUUGCAAGAGGCCGCUCGACUCUACGAGCAGGCCCUGAGCACGGAGGACUGGCCCGGGGGCCCCCCGCCGGAGGCUGAGACGGAGCUGUGGGACUUCUCAUCGCUCUCCUGCUACGCCCGCCUCACUCGCUGGACUCACCUGGAGCAUGGUGCCACCGCCAGCUUCGACUCCCAGAGACCCCCAAACCUCCUCGUGCUCUGGGACGACCCCUUCUACCAGGAGGCCUAUCUCCCGUGGGUAAUCAAGGCUCGGCUGAAGCUGCUGCUCACCGGAGGCGGUGACCCCUCCACCGCCUCCGCCUCCACCGCCUCCACCGCCUCCACCUCCACCGCCUCCACCGCCUCCACCUCCACCGCCUCCACCGCCUCCGCCUCCACCGCCUCCACCGCCUCCACCUCCACCGCCUCCACCACCACCGCCACCACGCUGUCGGCGUUUGUGGACGCGUCUUGCCGCGCGUCGCAGCGCCGGCGACGCCUGCUGGAGUCGGCGUUUGGCCCGGAGCUCGCGGCUCUGCACCUGGCACACGGCCGCCUGGGCAGGGCCGCGAGCCUGGCACACACCGGCAUGCGGGCCUUCCUGCAGGAGUGGGCGAGUGUGGAUGCAAUGCACCAGGAGUCUCGCCUGCAGCGCCUUCAGUCGCUGCAGGCCCUCACUGAGCUCAGCCACUUCAUCAACUUCCUCUCUCACGACUCGAACUUUCGUGGACUCUCUGAGAUCCGUCGGCUCACCUCGUCCUGGAUGAGAAGACUUCCCGACCCACGGCUCGACUCCAUCUCCACUUGGGAUGACGUCAUCACCAAUCGCUGCUUCUUCAUCGGCAAGAUGCGGGAGAGGCUGAGAGAGGCGGCGUCUUGUGGCGGCGGCGGCGACGAGGACGACGAGGUGGUGGUGGUGAAGGAGGAGGAGGAGGAGGAGGAGGAGGAGGAGGACGUUCUGCUGGACCGCUGUGUGCUCCACAUGAAGCUUCGAUUGGCGAACAGCGCACAGCUGCAGGGCAACUCUGCCGUGGCGGACUCCGUGCUCAAGGCGAGCCACUCGCUGGCCCGUCAGAGGCCCGAGUGGCUGGUGGCCUGGUCCCACUCCUACUCCCUGGGGGCACACGGCAAGAGCAGGCGCACCAACAACACCAACACCAGCAGCAGCAGAGGCGACAGCCUCAAGUUACUCGCUAACACCCUGCGGCUACUGGAGGAGAGUGGCCGCUCGGCGUGCGUCCGUGGCGACUGCCGCCUGCUGAGCCGGCAGCACGGCAUUGUGGGAGACAGCUGCCGCCUGCUGGGCAACGCCGUGGCCUCGGAGCCGGAGGCGCUGGGCCUCCUGAAGCCGGAGAGGGCGGCUGACGUGCUGAGGGCUUCUGGGAUACCCGCCGGCGACGCCGACCCAGCGCGGACGUGCUGA